AAUUGCAACAUCUUUUCUGUAACUAUGUAUAAAUUACUUUAUGGCAUACAAAUAACGUGUUGUGAAGAUAGUAAAACAUAUCAUCUUUUAAGAUGAUGUACGGCAAUAUUAUCAAUUUUACGUUUAUUUAAUACACGUGUACUUUGAAUUAUCAUAUUAAAAAUAAAAAUUUGUUAUAAAUGACUCUAUGAAUAUUGGAUAAAUUAACGUGAUAGAUUUACAUUCAAUUAUUUUCAUUUUAACAAUUCUUUUAUAUAUUAAAAUCUUAUACAAUUUUAUAAAUUUAUUAUUGCCAUAUUAAUACAUAUUGCGAUAAAUAAAAUGUUUUUGUGGCGAUGAAACUUGUAUAUUACAUGUAGAAACUAUGUGGUCAGAAGUUGUAGAAUAUUUGAAAGAUGCUUCUUUAGUGGCAAAAAUACAAAAAUAUUUUGGUGUAAAAAUACAUUAUACGCAGAAAGAAUAUUGUAAAGAAAAUUUAUUAUCAGAAAUUCAUGAUACUAAUUCUCGAAAUAUUAAAUUGAAUUCAAAUAUUUUUUUAUUGAAAUCUGAAGGAAUAAAAGAAAAUGGUUAUAUUACAACAGAGGAAAAGAUAAUUAAUGAGAAUAUUUAUACAGAUGAUAAACAAAAACAAUCAUCAGGCAUUUAUAAUACAAAUUAUACCAUAACAAAUUAUUUUUGGUAUUAUUUAUUUUUAUUUGGAACAAUAUUAGGAGAUGAAAUAUUUUAUUCUACAUUUAUACCUUUUUGGUUUUGGAAUAUUGAUGGUGCAGUUGGUAGAAGAGUUGUCUUAGUAUGGGCUAUUGUUAUGACAAUAGGUCAAAUAUUAAAAGAUAUUAUAUGUUGGGCAAGACCUGCUUGUCCUCCAGCAGUUCGAUUACAAGACAAAUGGUCAGAAGAAUAUGGAAUGCCAUCCACUCAUGCUAUGAUUGGUAUAUCAAUUCCAUUCAGUGUAGUAUUAUUUACAAUGAAUAGAUAUAUUUAUUCUAUUUCCAUUGGUUGGACAAUUGCAACUCUAUGGUGUACAAUUGUGUGUAUGAGUAGACUCUAUUUGGGUAUGCACACAGUAUUAGAUAUCCUAGCAGGUUUAUUAUUAGCUAUUGCAUUAAUGAUUCCAUUAGUACCUAUAGUGGAAAUAACAGAUUAUUAUGUUCUUACAAAUAUUUGGGCUUUAGCAAUUUUAAUAGCCCUUAGUAUAGGUGUUAUAGUUUAUUAUCCAUGCAGCAAAAAAUGGACACCAACUAGAGGUGAUACUACUAUGGUAGUAUCUGUUACUACUGGAGUUCAUGUAGGAGCAUGGCUUAAUUAUAAUAUUGGAUCAAUGUCAGCUCCUACAAAAUCACCACCAUAUGAUAUUAUAUGGCCAUCUUAUCCAAUGUUUGGCUGCAUGAUACUUAGAACAAUACUUGGAUUUUGUAGCAUUCUUGCAACAAGAGCUGCUUGCAAAUCCUUUAUUUAUGGGACAAUAUGUGCCAUUUUAAAAAUUAAUUCCAAGGAUAUGAAAAGUGAAAAUUAUUCAGAAAAUAAAAAUAAGAUUUUCAUUGAUUUACUUCAUAAAUAUAUGACUUGUUUUAUGAUAGGUGUAAAUACAGUAUAUCUCUUGCCAAAUGUUUUUACCAUGAUUGGAAUAGAAAGACCAACAUUUUACACAGAAAUAUAAAAUUUUUUUUUAAUUAUGAAAAUAAUAUUUCUCAAACGAUUUUUAUAGUAUAAUAUAGCUUAAAUUGAAAUGAAUAUAAUCACUAUAAAAAUCAUUCCAACACUUAGUGCUUGUUCCUAUACAUUCAUUAUUAUAUUGAUAUAUAAUAUAUUGUCAGGCAUUCUAUAUUACUUCAUAUACCAAAAAUACAAAUCUUGUUUUAUAUUUGUUAAUCUAGAUCUAAUUUUAUUGUUUAUAUAUAUUAAAAUUGUGGUUUUGUUAAUAAAAAAAAUCAGUUGAAAUAGUAAA